UGUUUGGUGGCUGCCUUUUUCACAUACUCUUAUUUUCUCUCCAAAACAGGCAGCUCUAUAAAAUCCUCUCUGGUAAGCUUCAUGCUUAAAUACUCUGGCCCUAUGUGAAAGGAGAGUUGAGAAGAAAAAAUGGACAGAGAAGAAAAAGGCCUUGAGUUUCCACUAGUUUCUGUAUCUUCAGAAAAUGAGGUGAAUCCCAGAAAGGGAUUCAACAAAGCUGUCAUUUUUGCAGAAGUGAAGAAGCAGUUGUCUUUAGCAGGUCCUUUAGUCUCAGUAAAUUUGUUAGUCAAUUGUCUACAGGUUAUUUCAAUUAUGUUUGUGGGUCAUCUUGGAGAGCUAGCUCUUUCUGGUGCUUCCAUGGCUACGUCCUUUGCUUCAGUGACUGGUUUCAGUUUGAUGAGUGCUAUGGUUGUUAUGCUGUCGGUCAGCAUUCCUCUUGCAUGUAUUUGGGCCUAUGCAGCGCACAUUCUUUCAUUCUUGGGACAAGAUCCUGAAAUAUCAGCAGAAGCUGGACUUUACGCCCGUUUCAUGAUACCAAGCAUUUUUGCUUAUGCACUGCUUCAAUGCCAUGUUAGAUUCCUGCAAGCCCAGAACAAUGUUGUCCCGAUGAUGUUAAGUGCAGGAAUCACAACAUUACUGCACUUGCUCAUAUGUUGGAGUCUGGUUUUUAAAUCUGGCCUUGGAAACAAAGGUGCUGCAUUGGCUAAUGCUAUAUCUUAUUGGAUCAAUGUCCUGUUGUUGGCGAUUUAUGUUAGGAUUUCUCCUUCCUGCAAGAAUACUUGGACUGGAUUUUCAAGGGAGGCAUUGUAUGGUAUUCCGAGUUAUCUUAAGCUUGCAAUUCCUUCAGCUGUUAUGCUCUGCUUGGAAAUUUGGUCAUUUGAAAUGAUGGUUCUAUUGUCUGGUCUCCUUCCUAACCCGAAGUUGGAAACUUCAGUUCUUUCCAUAAGCCUCAAUACAUGUUCCAUGGUUUAUAUGAUUCCUCUUGGGCUCAGUGGUGCCAUAAGCAUAAGAGUUUCAAAUGAAUUGGGCGCUGGACAACCACAAGCAGCUCGUUUAGCAGUGUGUGUUUCGAUAUUCAUGGUUGCAACAGAAGGCAUUUUAGUUGCUGUUACCAUGAUUUUGGGGCGUCGAGUUUGGGGAUACUGUUAUAGUAGGGAAGAAAUGGUGGUGAAAUAUGUUAGUCAGAUGCUGGUAUUGCUUGCAGGAUCCCACCUUUUGGAUGGUAUCCAAUCUGUGCUUUCAGGAACUGCUAGGGGAUGUGGUUGGCAAAAGAUUGGUGCUAUUGUCAAUCUGGGAGCUUAUUACCUUCUCGGAAUACCUUGUGGCAUAUUAUUGGCCUUUGUCUAUCAUACUGGAGGAAAGGGGCUCUGGAUGGGAAUUAUUGUGGCACUAUUUGCACAAGCAUCACUUCUUUUGAUCAUAACUAUAUGUACUAAUUGGGAGAAAGAGGCAAAGAAAGCUACUGAAAGAGUUGAAGAAACCAUGUAGAUUCAUCAUACAUAGAAUUCCAAUAAAUUAUAAGCAGCACAUUUUCAGAAUCGAAUUUAUGGCGAGGGUGAAUUUCAAAAUUUAGAAAGUCUUGACAUUUGCACCAUUUGUAGGCUAAGCUUGGAAAUGGCUAGCAACUGGGGUUCAUUCUCCAAGUCCAAACCUGGUGCAUUGGAUUCCAAUGGCUUGUAAUGUUCAAUCCUGUAUGCUCAACUCAAGAAAGUAUUGCAAAUGCAGCAAUUCAGACCUUCAAAAUAAGAAGAAAUUGGCACAGUAACACACGCCUUGCUUUUCAGAAAUAUUUAGAAAAGUAAGAGUUGUAUAUUCACCCUAAUGCCUUUCAUUUCUUAUGGUGAGAAAGGUAGAAUUUUUUUUUUUAACCUGAAGCAUCC